CGCUCGGGCCUGCAGCCGAACCCGAGCCCUGGCCCCGGCCCGGGACAGCGGCGGCGCCCGCCAGACCCCAAACAUCCUGACGGGCUCCCUGAGGCGCGUUGCGGAGACACUUCCGGGUUCGCUACGGAAAGCGGCGCGGUGGCGACGGGUCGCGGGAAGGGACGUGACACGCAGCAACGCGUUUUCUCCCCGGUCGGCAGGCCGGGCAGAAGACUGGGGAGUAGGGGGGGUUGAGGGAGGGGGUGUGUGUGUGGAAUCCUUCGGCUUUCCCCAGAGCCCUGGGGUAGGAUUUGAGGCGUUUCGAAUUUAUUUUGUAAAGGCGGUGGAGCGGCCCUGAGGCGGUCGGGGCGAGUUCCUCCUACAAGGGCCGGCGCAGAGGCCACAGGGGCGGGUCUGCCCGUGGGGAGCGGCUGACACGUGUGGCUUGGAACGUGGGGUUACCCCAUCUUCGGGCAAGAAGAUCGAGAGAAAGGGCUGGUGGCCGGGUCGGGUGGCUUCCCACGUUGCUGCUGAACGGUGAGGGGCAGGGAGAACCUGGCAUCCAGUAUGGCUUCUCCAGCUCUACUUAUGCGAGUGGUAGCCGCUGCCUAUUCUGCUGCAGAAAAAGCUGCAACAAUUGUUAGAAACGUAAUGGCUGCAGGAGACCUGGGGAUAGUGGAGAAGACUGGAGCCAAUGACUUGCAGACCAAAGCUGACCGGCUGGCACAAAUGAGCAUUUGUGCUUCCCUGGCACGGAAGUUUCCCAUGGUGACAAUCAUAGGAGAAGAAGAAGUGACUGCUGAUGAGGUAACUGAGGAAUUAAUUGAAGAUGGUCACUGUGAAGAAAUACUGAAGAAAACUUGUCCUUCUCAGUACACAGGAAUUAAAGAGGAAGAGCUUGUAAUAUGGGUUGAUCCCUUGGAUGGAACCAAGGAGUACACUGAAGGUCUGCUUGACCACGUAACGGUUCUUAUUGGAAUUGCUUAUGAAGGAAAAGCAAUAGCAGGAGUUAUUAACCAGCCAUAUUACAACUAUGAGGCAGGAGCUGGUGCUGUGUUGGGCAGGACAAUAUGGGGAGUCCUGGGCUUAGGUGCCUUUGGAUUUCAACUGAGAGAAGUACCUGGUGGGAAACACAUCAUCAUUACCACCCGUUCUCACAGCAGCACCCUGGUAAAUGACUGCAUCAGUGCCCUGAACCCUGACAGUGUCAUCAGAGUUGGAGGGGCAGGAAACAAGAUCAUUCAACUUAUAGAAGGCAAGGCAUCUGCUUAUGUAUUUGCCAGUCCUGGGUGCAAGAAAUGGGAUACCUGUGCACCUGAAGCUAUCCUACAUGCUGUGGGAGGAAAGAUAACUGAUAUCCAUGGAAAUUCACUCCAGUAUAACAAGGAAGUGAAACACAUGAAUUCAGCUGGAGUCCUUGCCACUUUGAGAAAUUAUGACUAUUAUGCCAGUCGUAUUCCUAACACUGUUAAACAAUCUCUUGUGCCUUAAAGCAGUAAAGCAUCUUCACUUGCCCUUCA